UUCUCGAAUACGCAUAAUUUUUUAUUGAAAAAUAUAUCAUCUUCAUUGAAGUAAGCUUUGAUGAAUGAAAAUGUAGCCGAUAAAUGUAAUAGGUAUCACAUUAUGAAUGAAACGUGUGUGAUUAAACAAUCGUCGCGUCGAUUCAAAUGUGCGAAUAACGGAUGCUUACUUUCGUCAUCAAUUAUUCAUCCGGCUGAUCUAUAAGACACAACGAUAUAAUAUCCCGGAACUACUAAAUAGCAGAAGCGGAAAAGUACGCUUCGCUAUUUUUUGAUGAAAAAUUGAUAAUAAAAAAUUUAGAAGUGACAAAUAUAUAUAUAUAAUCUAUAUAAACGAGGUGAAAGAAAAUUUGUAGAGAUACAAAACUGCUAGUAAAUUUUCGAAACUUUAUUGAAAUGGACAACUUCAUUAGAGUGUUGAUCGAAUUUUUAUUUUAAUUUUGAGCGAGAAAUCGCAUUUUUAACCUGUGAUUCGAGACAAAUGAUCGCCGACCGAACUUUGGGAGAAAAUUGCGUAAAAAGCUCGUGUUUAUUACAUUCUGUCAUAUUUCUCGCGCUUGAGACCGGCGAAUGAGCUCAGAAUUUUAUCUUUUGUCCGACACCUCGGUUCAUGAAAGCCGCGUAGCCGUCAGCCAAGGAUGUCGGACAGUUCGGAUCAACUGUCAUCGCCGAACAGCGACUGCAACAGUCAGAUGGGCGUCGUGCAUCGCAAUGCAACCGCGCAAUAUGGUAACGCGACAUCGAUGUCCGGGUUGACCCAUCACCCCCAGAAUCUGACGCCGACGUCGAACGAUAGCCCUCAAUAUUCGCAGGAGCUUUCCACCUGCAGCUCCGCCAGCCUGAGCACCAACAUCGCUAACAUCGGCAGUUUUUCUCUCAGCGGCACCACCAGCAAUUUCACCCCCGAACAGAUAUCCUGCAUGUGCGAAGCGCUAUCGCAGAGUCAGGACAUUGAGAAGCUAUCGAGAUUUCUUUGGUCCCUACCACCUGGAGAACUGCUGCGUGGGGGCGAAAGCGUUUUGAUGGCACGUGCCGCUGUUGCCUUUCACCGCGGAGCCUAUCACGAACUUUACUCGAUUCUGGAAAGUCAUCCCUUUUCGCCACGUCGUCAUCCUGAACUCCAACAAAUGUGGUUCAAGUCACACUACCGCGAAGCCGAGAAAAUUCGAGGUCGACCGUUGGGCGCCGUCGACAAGUAUCGAUUGCGCAAAAAAUAUCCGUUGCCGAAGACGAUUUGGGACGGCGAAGAGACCGUCUACUGCUUCAAAGAACGAUCGAGAAACGCCCUGAAGGAAUGCUACAUGAGAAAUCGAUAUCCCACGCCGGACGAGAAGAAAAAUCUCGCGAAGAAGACCGGCCUGACGCUGACUCAGGUGUCUAAUUGGUUCAAGAAUCGUCGGCAGCGAGAUCGCACGCCGCAAACGAGACCGGACAUGUUACCGUUGAAUUGUCAAGGCACAACCAACAGUACGAUUAGCAGCUCGGUGAGCAAUGGUGGCAGCAUCCAAUCAUUGCAAAGCAUCGAUUCCGACAGUCCGAAUCUCGCGAUGUCCCCUCUAUCAACUAUGGGUAUGUCUCCAGUCGCCAUGAAUCCGUGCAGUCCAAUGGGUAUGAGUCCCAUGGGGCCUCAUCAUGGUUACGCUACUCCUGUUACGCCGUCAUCCGUUCAUACCGCGCAUCCCCAUAAUGGAGGAUUGAGUCCCAUGAACGAUGUCAAGGCUUUGUGCUACGGACGCAGCGUGUAUGACACAGGAAAAGACGUGGAGCAGAGCUCGGUCUACUACUCUAGCCACUCCAGUAUGCACCAUCAGUAUUACCAGCAGACCCAUCAUCAGAUGAUGUCUAGCUCCCAUCAUCACCACCAUCAUCAGCAAAGCGUACCAACCGGUUACGAGAUCAUGCUACCACCGCCUCAACAUUCCAUGUGACCAACGGAUUACGAAAGUGAUCGAAGUAACCAGGCUCAUCAUGGCCAGAGCGACGACAUGCUCGCGCGUAUACACGCCUUCGCCUGAUCUUACGGCUUUUUCUUUCAUCUUGAUUCAAGUCACAUCGCAAUAAAGAACGGCAAUCGAGUGGAUGGAAAUUUAUAAAAACAAUCGUUCUACAGUCAAAUAACGCACUCUCGUCAUCUCUUCCAUAUUCAUUGUCUUUAACAUACUUACUUGAAAGAGUGUCGAAUACUUUCUACAUACAUUAUGCGUGUAUGUAUGAUAUGCUUUGACGAUCCUUAAGUGAAUAUAGGUCUUUUGGGUUCUGCAAUUUAGACUUUGAAAAUUAUUGAGUUUAAAUCGAUUUCGAAAGGUGGAUAAAUACAUGACAACUUUUUUAAAAACAGUUUGUAUGCGUAUUUAAUGCAAUAAGAAAAAAGAGAGAAUUUAUC